UUCGCGGUGUUCCCACCCCGACGCUCCUGAGGUUUGAGGGGCACUAGGUGGCUUCGCUCUUCGCGUCAGCAAGUGACCGAGGCCAUGGCAGCCCAGAAGAUAAACGAGGGGCUGGAGCAUCUGGCGAAGGCAGAGAAGUACCUGAAAACUGGGUUUUUAAAAUGGAAGCCAGACUACGAUAGUGCUGCUUCUGAAUAUGGAAAAGCAGCUGUUGCUUUUAAAAAUGCCAAACAAUUUGAGCAAGCAAAAGAUGCCUGCCUACGGGAAGCUGUUGCCCAUGAAAAUAACAGGGCUCUUUUUCAUGCUGCCAAAGCUUACGAGCAAGCUGGCAUGAUGUUGAAGGAGAUGCAGAAACUGCCUGAGGCCGUCCAGCUGAUCGAGAAAGCCAGCAUGAUGUACCUGGAGAAUGGCACCCCUGAUACAGCGGCCAUGGCCUUGGAGCGAGCUGGAAAGCUCAUAGAAAAUGUCGAUCCGGAGAAGGCUGUGCAGUUGUAUCAGCAGACAGCCAAUGUGUUCGAAAAUGAGGAGCGCCUCCGGCAGGCAGUGGAACUUCUGGGAAAGGCCUCCCGACUGCUGGUGCGAGGACGAAGGUUUGAUGAGGCUGCACUGUCUAUUCAGAAAGAAAAAAAUAUUUAUAAGGAAAUUGAGAAUUAUCCAACAUGUUAUAAGAAAACAAUUGCUCAGGUCUUGGUUCAUCUACACAGAAAUGAUUAUGUGGCUGCAGAGAGGUGUGUCAGGGAGAGCUACAGCAUCCCAGGGUUUAAUGGCAGUGAAGACUGUGCUGCGCUGGAACAGCUCCUGGAGGGGUAUGACCAGCAAGACCAAGAUCAGGUGUCAGAUGUCUGCAACUCACCCCUUUUCAAGUACAUGGACAAUGACUACGCUAAGCUGGGCUUAAGCCUAGUGGUCCCAGGAGGGGGAAUCAAGAAAAAAUCACCAGCAACACCCCAGGCCAAGCCUGAUGGAGCUGCCAGCACAGCUGCUGAGGAGGAGGAAGACGAGUAUUCAGGAGGCCUGUGCUAGUGUCCUGCCUGCAGAGAGAUGAGAAGCUGGGAAUCCUGGCGAGCCUGUUGAUGGGGUUAAGACUCAUCUGUGGUCAUCUGCUUCACGGAGAUUGUGACGCUGAGUGUUAAUAUAUGUGAAGUUUAGCUUGCCUUUCCCCAACUCAGCCAUUGUGUCUGCUACCUGUGAAGCUCUGUACUUUCCGUUCUAAGAGCAGAAAUGAGCAGUCAUAUUUUAAUAAUUGAUUUUAAAAUGUAUAGAUAAAUUUCAGAUAAAUUAUAUUAUAAGCAAGGCAGGAAAUAGGCAUAAAUACUCUUUUCUCAUGGGUUCUUGUAAUUUAUUGUUAAAUAAUUGUCACUGUAUUUUAUUUAACGUUACUUCUUUCUAAACGUGAUUUUUCUUUUUUUUUUUCUUUUUUUUUUUGGUAAAAAUAAUUAUUUCAAAACUGAUCUGGUUCUUCCCACCAUCUUUCCGUGUUGUCACAUGGUACUAAUGCAUGUUCUGACUAAGGUUCUCAAGAGCAUCCUUAGUGCCCAAAAGAGAGGCAGACAGCAGGUCUUCAGUGGGCAGCACUCCAGUGUCACCCUCCAUUCUGACUGUGGUGAUGGUGCGUGCUGACACCUGACACCCUUACACGGGUGAGGUGAGGAGAUCGUUGAUGGUCACAGAACUGGGACCAUGGUUGUCGCCCUGCAGGCUAAACAAGUGUGGAGUAUCAGCCCCAGGUUAGAUACUUAAAAACUAAGAUCUGGCACAGUUAUCUUCCCGUCCUGUCAGUGUGGUUGCAUCGUACCAGUAGCCUCAGCUAGCAUUGUGGACCAUGAAGAAGCAUGGCAGAAACAUGGAGAGGAAGACCUGGGGUUCUCUUUUUAGGGGUAUAAAAUGUAAGAAUGAAAGCAAUGUUCCUGUGGAUGGAGGACUUGUCUCAUUCUGAAAAGAAAAUUUAUCCAUCACCAUAUUAGAUACAUUUAAAUUACUGAGUAUUUUCAGAGACAGCUUUAGGAUAAAAGCCUUAUAGUAUUUAGCUUAAUAAAUGACCACAAAAUGUGGAAGGCAGAGUAUUGGUGUUUUUUUUUUAAACAACAAUAAAAAGGCUGGCUGUGUUCCAAAAUGGGACUAAUUGAGACCAUUUGCAUGAGUCCAGAAUGACAGGUAAUGUUCCUGUCAGUCUAGUAUGCAUUUCUGACCUCCAGAGCAGUUCUGAUUCAGAGUUCAUAAUUUAGCAUGAGUUGUUCUGUAUACUACAAAAAGUAAAACGCCAGUGUGUGUGUGUGUGUAGGGGGCGACAAUGCAUUUGAAGGACAUACAUUUAGGACUGGGUUACCAGUCUUUUCAUACCUCAGAAGGCCUUCCAUGCUUAUUUCCUAAAAGUUAAUUUUUUUGUUUUUGUUUUUUUUUUUUUUUUUGGUUUUUCGAGACAGGCAGGGUUUCUCUGUGGCUUUGGUUCCUGUCCUGGAACUAGCUCUUGUAGACCAGGCUGGUCUCGAACUCACAGAGAUCCGCCUGCCUCUGCCUCCCGAGUGCUGGGAUUAAAGGCAUGCGCCACCACCGCCCAGCUCCCUAAAAGUUAGUUUUGAAGCAUUCCUCUUUUUCUAAACCUGUAUGGCUUCGACCCUCUCAGAGCUGGUGUGGACUGAAGAGGAUGCAAACCGCAGCAGUGCAUGCACCAGGCGGCAGUGUCGACCAGACUCGUCCCUGUCGUCAUGCUCCACUGCCUGCUCCACCGCCGUCGCGUUGUGACACACCGUAUUUGCAUAGAGUAUGCUUGGUUUUGCUGGCUUUCCAGAAUCUAGGAAAGUAUCUUUAUGUUACUGGUCCUAGUGGGAGAUCUCAGACUAGCAUCCUCUGCCAGGCGUGCUUGAGUGGGUAGAUGUCACGUAGAGUCCCUGCACAGGUUACAGGUCUGAUGCAAAACACUAAUAAAAGUUUUAUAUUUUCCCCCUAAGUUACCUGGAGAGUUAGUUGUUUGGGUUGCCAGCUCAUUAUGUUUAAUUGCAUUGAAAUUAUGACUAAAGCUGUAUUUGGCAUUUUUAUUUAAAGAGGAAAUUGGUGUUUCAAAGAUGGUGUCAAUGUUGUGUUUACCUUUAGAUUCAACCAGAAACAUCAUGCUUAUUUGAACAAAUUAAUACUCUAUAAAAGUAGAUUUGGCAGUACUUAAAAGUUUCUUUAGACAAUUGUGUGGCCCCUGUUAAUUCAGUAAAACCUUACAGGGAGUCAGUUUUACUCAUAGACAUCUUAAACAAAAAAGGAGCCAUGAAUGCAUUGUGGAGCAGCAUUGCAGCUCAGUUUUAAGGCAGCAGAGGGUUUAGACAGUUCUACACCUCCCGCCGUCCGGAGGCAGCGCUCAGAAUCUGGAGCUCAUUUUUUGUGUCGGUUAUUCUGGGUGGUGUCUUGGGGCUUUUGCUCCAUGUGUAUACGUUUUCUUUCUUUUUUUUUUUUUUCUUUUUACAGAGGUCUAUGUAUCUAGCAUUUUAUUUUUCUACCUGCAUUAAGUCUGCACUCAGGAGAGUUUUAGUCAGACUUGGGAAACCUAGUGUUUACAACAAGAACUGUUUUCCGGAACUCUUAACACCCUCUAUGAAAGUGAAAAUCUGCAUGAGUAUGCUAGAACCACUUAGUGUUUAGUUACUGUAUAGUAAGUGAAGUUAGUCUACAGAACACAUUUAAUAUAUUGAAUUUGUAAAUACGCAGAAUAUGGUAUUUGUGUAUGGAAUCUGUGCAUUAUCAUAUUUUUUCAGAUUUUUGGUGAGUAAAAUAUUAAUAUGUUGUUAAUGGAAAUUAGAUGUUUACUUCUAAAGGAAGAUAAUUAUGAAAAUAAAACCCAAGACUCUA